AUGAGUGUUGGUUUGUGGGACUCUGUCGACUCGACCUUCCAGGACGACAUCCUCGCGUACGCCGGGCCGCUCACGCAGUACCUCAACGGCCGCCUCACGCUCGACAGCCCGAUCGCUGAGCGCGCCGUCAUCGCCGAGGCCUACGCCCGCGAGUGGCCCGGCGACCUCGCGUCGCUGCCCAACGCCUUUGGCAUGCGCCACGUGCGCGUGCACGCCAUGAUCCGCUCCAAGCCGAUGCGGUCGCGCUACGAGCGUCUGUACGGCCCAGUACGUCGCGAGUACCCGUUUGUCAACGCCUACGACCGCUUCGACCCGUGGCGAGAGCCGGCCGAGGACAUCCCGACGCAGACGCUCGAUGACAUUGCGCUGCGCAACUGCUGGAUCGACGACCUUGCGCCGCUCUUAGCGUACGCCGGCUCGGACCUCGGCGUCGACCUUGCCAAGCUCGCGUAUGCGCCCGCCACAUACGACGCGCUACUGGAUUACGUCGCGGGCGAAGGCUACCUUGACGUGCUGGAAGUGCUGCACGCCGCCGGGAGCAGCCAUUGUACGGCCGCGGCCAUGGACAAGGCAGCAGCGGCCGGGCACCUCGACGUCGUGACGUGGCUCCAUGCCCAUCGAACCGAAGGCUGCACGAGCGAUGCGUUCGAUGCCUCCUUGCUCCAGGGCCACGACGACGUCCUGACGUUUCUUCAAGCGCAUCGAAGUGAAGGGCACUCGCCGCACAUUGUCGAGAUCGCCGUGCGCUCGGGCAAGCUCAGCGCCGUUGAGACACUGCACCGUCUCGGGCUUGCCUUCUCGCCGGCGGCCAUGGACGUCGCCGCCGCCUGUGGCCACGACGACAUUGUGACCUUUCUGCAUAUGAAGCGUAGCGACGGGUGUAGCGUCGCGGCCAUGGACGGCGCCGCGCGCCACGGGCAUCUGCGCAUCGUUCAGUUUCUGCACACCCACCGCCACGAAGGCUGCUCGCCGGCCGCGCUCGACGGCGCUGCGUUCAACAACCAUUUGGACGUGGUCCAGUUUCUCCAUCGACACCGGCGCGAAGGCGGCACGACCCAUGGGAUGGACCGCGCGGCCCACCGCGGCCAUGCGACCAUGGUCGAGUACCUGCACCGCCACCGGAGCGAGGGCUGUACAACGCGCGCGAUCGAUUGGGCAGCGUCGUCGGGCCACCUCGAGAUCGUGGCUUUCCUGUCGCGCCAUCGAUUCGAAGGGUUUACGUACAAGGCGGUGCUGUGGGCUGCGACCAAAGGCCAUAAAGACGUCGUCCGACUCCUUGGCCGGCUGGAUGCUCCACAGUUCGACCGCGUCCGCCGGGCGAUCGCCGAAGCCAAGGUCGCGAUGCGGCACGACAAGGCGAGCUACCUCCAGGAAAUGACGGGCGUCGUCGGCGCCGACGACGAUAUCUUGCGCUUUGGCGUCCUCGUGCGGCAGCCGGACGAGGACGAUUACACGGAUUGGGAUGCCGAUCAAAUGGACGACGACUUUCGCAGUUUUGAGCACGAGCUGCGGCUCGGAGCGUAAGAAUUGCAAGUGUGUCGAGUCUUUUGUUUCAUGGGACGAUCAGGACGAGGAGGAAG